AAAUGAAACGACUUACCCAUCACUUGUCAGCAUGCAAUUGUUUUGUUUAGAGGAAUAUGCAUAUUUUUCAAUAAAAACAAUUAUUGUUUAUUAAUUAUGGUAAAUUUUUAUGAAAAUAGAAUUUAAUUUAUUUUGUGAGUAUGAGUAAAUAAGUUAGAAAUGUUUCAAAGAAAUUUCCGAAAAGUUUCUGUACAAGGAAGAAACUUUUUUGAUUUUUUCCAGUCGAACAAAAAGUCUCAAAAAUUGGAACAACAUAAAGAAAAAAAUAAUUCAUUUGGCAAAUAUGACAUCGUUCAGCCAUGGACGGUUUCUGAAAGAAAAACAGUGCCAGCAUACAUAUCAAAACCAUCUUAUGGUCAAUCUUCAGUUCCUCGCGAAUCACCGAAAUUUGAAGAAAUUAAAGAUAACAAUCAAAUAGAAUCCAUGAGACACAGUUGCCUUUUAGCGAAACGCAUUCUAAAUCAAAUACCCGCACUUAUUAAGCCUGGCGUUACGACAGAUUCAAUUGAUGAAAAAGUUCACGAAUUAAUAAUUUACAAUACUGCCUAUCCGAGUCCAUUAAAUUAUCGUGGUUAUCCAAAAUCAAUUUGCACUAGUAUUAAUAAUGUUGCUUGCCAUGGAAUUCCAGACAAUCGACCACUUCAAAACGGAGAUAUACUCAAUGUUGACAUAACUGUAUUUUUAAAUGGUUAUCAUGGAGACUGUUCGACAAUGUUUCAAGUUGGAUCGGUAGAUAAAGAAGGAAAACGAUUAAUUUCCGCGACGGAAAUUUGCCUAAUGGAAGCGAUAAAAAUUUGCAAACCUAAUGAAAAUUUUAAUAGCAUUGGAAGUAUUAUUCAAGAAACUGCCGAAAAACUGGGUUUUGGAAUAAUUCCAUCUUUUGCUGGCCACGGCAUUGGAACUUAUUUCCAUGGCCCUCCUGAUAUUUUCCACUGCAUAAACGAAGUAAAGGGAAAAAUGCAACCGGGCAUGACAUUUACCAUUGAGCCUGUUUUGACUCAAGGAGGGCCGGAAAUCGAAAUUUUAGAAGAUGGAUGGACCGCAAUAACCACAGACAAUGCAAGAACUGCUCAAUGUGAACACACAAUUUUAAUAACAGAAACAGGCUGUGAUAUUCUUACUCUGUAGAAAAUUUCAUUGUUAUUAUAAAAACUUUCAAACAGAAAGAGUUAGCAAACACAAAUAAAUAAAAAUGAAGUGGGAUUUUGAAAACAAA